AUGGCGAAUGAUGCUGGCGACAGCAAGGAGGUGGGGAACCCGUCACUGAACCCGGAUGGAGAGUGGUUGACUGUGCCUGUCGAGCUCGCAGCAGCACGUGGCGAGAAAGAGCUGACGGGAGAGCUGCUUCGGGCGGGGGAAGGCGGGGGUCCAAUCUAUGAGGCCAUACAAGCUGGACAACACGACGUCGUCAAGCACCUGCGCCAGGAACCGGAGCACCAUCACCUCCAAGUUGCUUUGGGAAUCGGCGAUGAGGCAAUUGUGUCCUUGUUGCUGGAGCUUGGCGCUGACGCUGGCCCAGAAGACCACUGGAUAGGCGUGACCCCCGAGUACGAUUGGCGUGGUAUACGGAUGACGGAGAAUGCGUUGCAUUUGGGUGCGAUUGGGGGACACGUGGACGUGAUCGAGGAAAUUAUCAAGCGUCAACCAUCAACCAUGAGCUCGGUGGCGGAGUGUACGGGCUACACCGCUCUGCACUACGCCGCCAAUCAAAGCCAACUAGGCGUGAUCGAUGCACUCGUUGAGGCCGGGGCGGACCUCGAAGCUGAGGGCGGCCUGGGAGUCAGCACUGCUUUUCACGUCGACCCUAUCCGGAACGGCAGCGAAACCUCGCUCAGUGUGGCAGUCGAGGCUCACAAUGUGUGUGCUGCGAAGGAGCUUGCCUCGGCCGGUGCCGACGUGAGGGAACACCCACUUCGCGAGUCGGCCGAGAAAUGGUCGAACCACAUGCUGAUCGCCAUGUUGGGACACGGCGCCCACGUCAACACGAAGGGAGCGUCCGACGGAAACACACCGUUGCACCUGGCCGCGGAGAAGAGUUUCAGGGUCAAAGUAGACGUUCUCUUGCAGGCAGGUGCCCACGAAACCGCUGUCAACCAUAAUGGUCAAACCCCGUUGGACGUGAUCGGACUCAACACAGAUACGAUGAGGACGUUGGUAUUUGGUAACCACCGCGAAGAGGAUGCCAUUCGGACUCUGCUGGUGAACGCGCCCAAGGAAGGGCGAAUAGAGCGUGGUCUCGUCGGGGUUUCUUUUGGAAAAGAUGAUGAACCCUCGGAUAACCGCAGCAACGCAAAACGAGUAGCAACCGCAAAGGAGACCGGAGGUGUGGAGGGGCCACCGUCAGACGCUCCCGUCGAAGAGGGCGCGACGGCGUUUCGGGCUGCGAUGGGCAGGCUGAUUGGGCUUGAGGUGGAGGUCGUGUUCAGGACGGUCUUGGAGUUCGUGUGAUGACUGAAGCCGGAGGUGAGACGGUGCCAUAAGGAUUUUCUUGUUCAAGUGGAGCCCUGCUUUGCAGCAAUACCUGGUCAUGCGCAUUUUUACGGCCCUUGCGUGCAUAUCCUCAUCGUACCUUGAAGUUCGUCGAGUCAAUGGCCCAAUCAGUUCCAUGGCAAUGUCGACGAUAGCACCCCUCGCCCUCUCGCCCUUCGGCGUAAAGUGGUUUACGACGUGUGUUCCACUGCCAAAGGCCUACGCGGAAUCAAACCGAGUUGUUCUCAGCGGAGGUCAUACCGAGCGUCUCAGAAGAUUGCAUUUCAACUAGAAGCACACACACCUAGUCUAAAAUUUAGUCACAACACGGAUUUGCACCACGCCUCGUGGCUUGCUAGAGCAGCUUUGCUGGUUUCUUCGUUCUUAGUGAGUCUGAACGGCGUUCGUUGUCCCCUCAGCUUCCCUCAGCUUCUUUUACCCCUCAGCGGUUGUGCUCCGGGCACGGAACGCCACCUCUCCCCUACCCUCCCUGGCUUAUCCUCGGUGUGUAGGCUUUAGACUUAUGUUACCUUCCAUCUCUCCAAUCGUUUAUUUGCUUUCGGUUUGACAAUGUGUGUCCAGCAGGAGCGGGUGCGGCCUAGAUGGCUUGCCGUGGCGGGUGAGGUUGGCUACAGAUUCCGCCGCCAGCAAGACAGCGGCUCGGUGCUCGCGCCGGGCAAAGUAGCAUAUGAGAACCUAUCUAUGCAUCAAGGCAACAUGUAGGCAACAGGUAUCCCCAAUGGUAAUCAAGAGCCCGAAUCUCAAUCGAUAGAGCAGGUCCUUAAGAACGCGCGCCUACUUUGGGCAAGAUUGGCGUGGUAGAUAACAUGUUUCUGUUCGAGGGGAAAACUCGCUAUGUGACUUGCUGCGUUUUCUAGGGGUUUGGGGUACAACAGUGCUGAGUGGUCCGUUCCUGUUUCUCUCAUCCUGCAUGUCGAAGGAAUAUGCGAUCAAUGCUAUGCUG